GAGAGCUCGAGGGACACAGAAGUAAAGGGACGCCCCCCUGAGAGACAUGGACAGAGAGCGCUAUUGGAGACCCAAGGUGAGACAGAUGGAGCUUUAUGGACACACCCAAGGAAACGUGAACAGGGAGAGAGCGAUGGAAACACAGCUUGGGGCGCGCAGAGAGAGCUAGGGAGUCACAGCCUGAGGCACAGGGGCAGACAGAGCUAUGGAAACAGCCUGAGGCACAGGCGGAGAUCGCUGGAAAUAAUCAGCCUGAGAUGGGAGCAGGAGCGGUGAAGAGAUGGCCGAGACAAAGAAACACACACUGACCGCGACUGGGAGGCACGGAGUAAAUCAACUUAAUCUGCUCUCCGCCUGCAAUGAAGCCUAUUAUUCCUAUCUUAUUAAACACAUUUGUUUGGAGGCCUACAGAUUUCAGAUGACAGAUGUUGGACAGAAACUCUGGUGUGACUGGGAAGAAACACUAAGUUCCUAUGGAGAUCUCACAAACUGCACGUUUUUGAUUGCUAACAAGAUGGACUGCUUUUGGCCAAAUCAGGUGGUGGACCAGUUCUUCGUUAUCAUCCACAAAGAAUAUUUUGCAAACUGUUCCAUCUCUGGGAGAGCUUUGGGGGAUCCUCCAAACAACAUAGUAGGACCUUUCAUUAUGAUCCCAGUGAUGAUUACUCUGCUUAUGACAGCACUUGUAGUGUGGAGAAGCAAGUGGAAUGAAGGAAUUGUAUAAAAACUCUUUUACCAUCCCAUCCAUUGGGUUAGAGGACAUGUGAAAUUUUAACCAUUUGACAAGGUGAUGAUAUUGUUCAAGCUAUCUUUACAUUGGAGGGGGUGAAAAGCAAGGGACUGAACUGCAGCAUCUGAAAUUGAAUCAUUGAACAGUCAUAUGGUACAUAAACAGUGAAAAACAUCUAGAUACUCAUCAGGAAUUGCUACAUUCUGGAUUCACUGUCAAAGCUGAAUACUUGGGCAGAGUGAAAUUAAAACAAUCUGCAUUGGGUUAUUAAGCAUGUAACUUUAGUGAAUAAAUUUUAACAAAUUUUAUAGCAA